GUUAUGGGCAAAUCAGAAAGCCAGAUGGAUAUAACUGAAAUGAAUACUCCAAAACCAAAGAAAAAACUACGAUGGAGUGGCCUGGAAAUAGGGCUAGCUGUUGUAGCGAUUCUGCUAGCUAUUGUAGCGAUCACAAUGAUAGUUCUGUACGCAACAUAUGACGAUGGUGUUUGCAAGACAUCAGACUGUAUAAAAUCAGCAGCCCGAAUCCUUGAGAACAUGGACACCACUGCAGAGCCUUGUAAUGAUUUUUACCAAUAUGCCUGUGGAGGAUGGCUUAAGAGGAACGUCAUUCCAGAAACCAGCUCCCGUUAUAGUAACUUUGACAUUUUAAGAGAUGAACUAGAAGUUGUUCUAAAAGAUGUCCUCGACACACCAAGCAGUAAUGAUAUAACAGCAGUGCAGAAGGCAAAAACUCUGUAUAGAUCGUGCAUAAAUGAAACUACCAUUGAUAGCAGAGGUGGAAGGCCUUUAAUCAGUUUAUUGCCACAAGUAUCUGACUGGCCUGUAGCAACAACUAACUGGGAUUCUUCCUAUGGUACUGCUUGGACAGCUGAGACAGCUAUUGCACAGCUGAACUCCAGAUACGGAAAAAAGGUCCUUAUUAAUUUUUUUGUUGGCACAGAUGAUAAAAAUUCCACAGCACACAUCAUUCAUAUUGAUCAGCCUGGGCUUGGCCUGCCUUCUCGUGACUACUACGAAUGCACUGGUGCAUAUAAAGAGGCAUGUUCUGCCUAUGUUGAUUUCAUGAUUUCUGUAGCUAAAUUAAUCCUACAAGAAAGAAAUAUUUCUUUCAAUGAGAGCGAGAUUUCUGAACAAAUGAAAAGAGUUAUGGACCUGGAGAAAGAGAUUGCCAAUGCAACAACAAAACCUGAAGACAGAAAUGAUCCACUUUUGCUGUACAAUAAAAUGACCUUGGCACAACUCCAAAAAAACUUCUCAUUGGAAAUCAAUCAUAAGGUAUUCAGUUGGUCAAAAUUCAUAAAUGAUAUAAUGUCAACUGUGCAAAUUAACAUUGAGAACACCGAACAUGUCAUUGUUUAUGAUCCAGAAUACCUUAUCAGGCUGAAGUCUAUUCUUAAUAAAUACACUCCCAGAGACCUUCAAAAUUACAUGAUCUGGCGAUUUGUAAUGGAUCUUGUUAACAGCCUAAGCCGUAACUACAAGGACACAAGGAAUGCUUUCCGUAAGGCACUUUAUGGCACGACAUCGGAAACUGCUGUGUGGCGUCGUUGCGCAAACUAUGUCAAUGGCAACAUGGAGAAUGCAGUGGGACGAUUAUAUGUAGAGGAAGCAUUUGCUGGAGACAGUAAACAUGUGGUUGAGGAAAUGAUUGCAGAUAUACGUGAUGUUUUUAUAAAAACCUUAGAUGAACUUACCUGGAUGGAUGCAGAAACCAAAAAGAAAGCAGAACAAAAAGCAAGAGCAAUUAGAGAGAGGAUUGGUUAUCCAGAUGAGAUUGUGACUGACGACAAUAAGCUGAACAGCGAGUACCAGGAGUUGAAUUACAAAGAAGAAGAAUACUUUGAAAACAUUAUUCAAAAUUUAGUACUUACCCAGAAGAAAAGGUUGAAAAAGCUUAGAGAAAAGGUGGACAAAGAGGA